ACUAACACAGAGACAUACUUCAUUUCUGCAGAACUGCAGCAGUAGCAGCCUAUUCAUAGCAAUAUUAAUGGGACUUUGCCGGCCAGUAGUUACUUGGCACAUUACUUCUUUCAUCAGUCAUCAGUCUAUUUGUAUCUACCAUUACACCUUCUCCCUCUUCUUCUCUCCUCUUUCUUUUCUUAUAUUGUUCUAUUCUAGCUCCUUUGUGAAGAAGGGGAGUAGUGCAUGGAGAUAGAGGUGGCAAAUGGUGGUGGAGGGGGUAGGAGUGGUGAAGGCCAUGACGGGAGAGCAAAGUAUCUGGUGUGGGAAGAUCUGACGGUGGUGCUGCCAAAUUUUGGGAAUGGACCCACAAAGAGGUUGCUUCAUGGGCUCAGUGGGUGUGCUGAGGCCGGUAGGAUCAUGGCCAUUAUGGGUCCUUCUGGCUCUGGCAAAUCCACGCUUCUCGAUUCCUUGGCAGGUAGGCUUGCAGGAAAUGUUAUUAUGACUGGAAAUGUGCUACUUAAUGGGAAAAAGAGGAGACUAGACUAUGGUGGUGUUGCUUAUGUGACUCAAGAGGAUGUUUUGUUGGGAACUCUAACAGUGAAAGAAACACUGUCAUACUCAGCUCACCUGAGGCUUCCAUCUUCCAUGACCAGAGAGGAGGUUGAUGAGAUUGUAGAGGGAACAAUCAUGGAAAUGGGACUCCAAGAUUGCUCUGAUCGGUUGGUCGGAAACUGGCAUCUCAGAGGCAUAAGUGGGGGUGAAAAGAAGAGAGUCAGCAUUGCACUAGAAAUCCUAUCGAGGCCUCGUCUCUUGUUUCUUGAUGAACCUACUAGCGGCCUUGACAGUGCCUCAGCUUUUUUCGUGACUCACACUCUGCGAAACAUAGCUCGUGAUGGCAGAAUAGUCAUCUCUUCUAUCCACCAGCCGAGUAGUGAAGUAUUUGCACUCUUUGAUGACCUUUUCAUGCUUUCUGGUGGCGAGACGAUUUACUCUGGAGAAGCAAAGAAGGCUGUAGAGUUCUUUGAUGAAGCUGGUUUUCCAUGCCCAAGUAGAAGAAAUCCUUCUGAUCACUUCCUUCGCUGUAUUAAUUCAGACUUUGAUGUUGUUACUGCCACCUUGAAGGGAUCUCAAAGAAAAUAUGAAAUCCAAUCAACAGAUCCUUUGAUGAACUUGGCAACAGCAGAGAUCAAAGCAAUGCUUGUUCGAAAAUACAAACUCUCAGAAUAUGCAAACAGGGCAAGAGCUAGGAUUCAGGAAAUCUCAACCAUUGAAGGACUCGUGAGUGAAUCUGAAAGGGGGAGCCAAGCAAGAUGGUGGAAGCAGCUGUCCACACUGACACGACGCUCUUCUGUGAACAUGUCUAGAGAUAUAGGUUAUUACUGGUUAAGAGUAAUAAUAUAUACAGUUGUAUCUGUUUGUGUUGGUACCAUCUAUUUCGAUGUUGGCACUGGCUAUACUUCAAUCCUUGCACGGGGAGCUUGUGGCGGAUUUGUAUCAGGCUUUAUGACAUUCAUGUCCAUUGGAGGUUUCCCAUCCUUCAUUGAAGAAAUGAAGGUGUUUUAUAGAGAAAGGCUCAAUGGGCACUACGGAAUUUUGGUGUUUAUCCUAUCAAACUUCCUCUCUUCACUCCCAUUCUUGAUUGGAAUGUCACUUACUACCACAACUAUCAUUUACUACACGGUGAAACUCCAGCCAGGAUUUCUCCAUUAUACGUUUGGCUUCCUCACUCUUCUUAGCUCCAUUGCUGUUGUUGAGAGCAUCAUGAUGAUUGUAGCUUCGCUGGUUCCCAACUUCUUGCUAGGAAUGAUAACCGGUGCUGGAAUCAUCGGAAUCAUGAUGAUGACAUCUGGGUUUUUCCGAUUGCUGCCUGAUAUUCCCAAGCCAGUUUGGCGCUACCCAAUUUCAUAUAUCAAUUAUGGAGCAUGGGCUUUGCAGGGGGCAUACAAGAAUGAACUGAUAGGGCUCGAGUUUGAUCCUCCAUUUCCUGGUGAACCAAAACUGAAAGGCGAGCAUAUCCUCACAACUAUCCUGGGUGUUCGAAUGGAUCAUUCCAAGUGGUGGGACUUGACUGCUGUUGUAAUCAUUCUCAUAUCAUACAGAGUUCUCUUCUUCACUAUUCUCAAGUUGAGGGAGAGAACUUCACCAUUGUUCCGAAGGCUUUACACCAAGAGAACUCUGCAUCAUCUUGAGAAGAGGCCAUCAUUCAGGAAGAAGCCAUCAUUUCCUUCAAAGAGGCACCAAACUCUCAAUUCGUUGUCUUCUCAAGAGGGUCUUAACUCUCCCCUUCAUUAGCAGCAACAUCAUAAUCAUUAUUUUUAUUACAAGUUUAAAGGAUGUAAUCCACUUCUAUUGUAAUGAAGGAUCACACAUUUUCGAACACAAUGGGUGCUAUGGUUUGGUUGUUAUUUGGUUUUUAAUACCUACAAUGAGAGUGAAACGCUCUUCAUGAUAAAUGAAUUUCAUCAUGUUUUCACCACUUUA